AUCACGUUCGACGAGACUGAUAGUACCCGCCGGUAUUGGUAUCCGUAUAUAAGCCGUAAUAACGCUUUUGGUGACAUCCAUCAUCAUCGAUAGCCACCAACGUCGAUCGCGCGUCAAUUCAGCACCGUAGAUGAACCCGCGGCUGCGGCACGCGCAUCCGCGAACCCUGCUACCGUCGUUUCGCGCGUUUCGUCACUCUGUCGACGAGCGGACGAACGGCGCGGCGAGAUCCUUACGGACAGUGGACGAGAUGUGAAGACGUCGCCUUGGAAGCGAUGUGGCUUCCGUUAGUGCUGCUCGCCUUGAUGGCGAGCGGUUCCGCCUGUCCGUAUCUCUGUGAGUGUCAUCAGAAUGACGUCGAGAAAAACGACGGGUCAACUUUGUUGGACGUGACGUGUCGCGAACGCGUACCCGGUCUAUCGGAGUUAUCCACAGUAGUGAGAAGUUUGUCGGUGGACAGCGCCGAGGGACCGGACGUUGAUAUCCUCCUAGAUGAGCUGGAAGCCGCCGACUUAGUGAACGAUCUCGGGAUGAACGAUGCUUCGAAUAAUCUCAAAGCGAAUGACACCUCGAAGACGAACGACACGUCGUUGUCGUCGUCGUCGUCGUCGUCGUCGUCGUCGUCGUCGUCGGAAGAGCCGACAGGUACAACAGAGAUUCUACCGUAUUUGGUCGAGUUCACAGUGACAAAUUGUUCGUUGGUGUCGUUGAAUGCGUCGUGGCACGGUCUCGAGCGCUUGAGGUCAUUAAAUUUGUCGUGCAACAACUUGCCACGAAUAAGAGACGUACUGGUGAUCCGCGCGACGAAUCUAAGCGAGCUGGCGUGCCUAGAUCUGUCGGACAAUUCGUUAAUGGACAUCAGUGUCAAUUCUUUCAGGACGCUCGUCGGACUCGUGCGACUGAGUUUACGUAAAAACGCGAUUGGCACAGUGGACGAGGGCGCGUUUCGCGGCCUCGAUCGACUGGAAUUUCUCGAUCUAUCGGACAACAGGUUGGCGGACUUGCCGGAUAGCGCGCUCACGCCACUAUACUCCCUGCAGAAACUCGAUCUCAGCGGUAACCAGCUGCAAGUUCUGGGCGCCAGGUGGUUCGAAAGUCUCGACAGAUUGAGGGAACUCGAUGUUUCGCGAAAUGGAUUAGCCAGAGCGGCUUCGGGAACGUUGCAACCGUUAUCGGGACUAUCUAUUCUAAGGCUAGCGGAAAAUCCGCUAAAAGAGAGAGACGUAUCUCUAUUAUUGGGUACUGGAAGGAGAUUGGAGACGGUAGACGCAUCCCGCACUGGAUUAGCGCGAGUUCCAGCCGCUUUAACGAGAUCGGUCAGAGCGCUUAGACUCGCUGGUAACAGACUGACUACCAUUCGCAGCGGUGACUUGGAUAGCUAUCCUCUGUUGCGUAUGUUGGAUAUUGCCGAUAACCGUUUGAUGGAUAUCGAGAACGACGCUUUGGGACGACUGGAGGUUUUAGAAGAACUCGAUCUAUCAGGAAAUGUACUUUCGGAGGUACCGGAUAGUUUACCGAGCAGUCUCGUGGUGCUUAAACUGCAGCAAAACACCAUAACUGCAUUGAAACUCGAUGAUCUCAAUGGUCUAUACAAUCUGCGAUCGUUAAUGUUAAACGAUAACGCCAUCAGUGAAAUCGAUGUGGGCGCGCUCGGUCAACUGCCUUUGCUCGCCGAGCUGGAUUUAUCCAAUAAUCCUAUCAAAGUGUUAUCAACUAAUACACUAAGUGGACCGAGUAAUCUGACGAAGCUGCGAAUGUCAGGACUAACCGCGCUUCAACGACAUCAGGAAGAACAAAGCGACAUGGCGUUUCCGGUACCGACUCCAGAACAUUUGGUAAUGUUAGAUGUGUCGCGUAGUCCGGUUCUUGCUAGGCAGCUACUGGCGGACGAUGCUGCACUGUCUGCCUGCAAAAGUCUGAUAGAGCUGAACCUCUCGGCGACCAACAUCAGCACCGUCAGAUCCGACGUCGCGUACAUGUUGCCGCAGCUGCGCGUUCUUAGACUCGGUAAGAACAAUUGGAAUUGCACGGAAGAUCUCUACUGGUUGGGCGAAUGGAUCAGACAACACCGCGAACCGAAUCAACAAUACCAAACAGCGCGAUGUUCAAAUCCGCAGAAACUGGCGGGAUUAUUUUUGCACGAACUGCCAUCGCCGUCAAAUUUCAUUUCCACAACCGCGGGAAUCAUCACGACAGCGGCUGCAAGCACCUCAGUUACCCUAUCUGUCGUCUUCACGCUCGAACAUACGUCGAAUACUGAUCGGCCAAACGUCACGGUGUCUUCCAAUAUCGAAAAUGCGAAUUCUGACGGUAACGUCACGGAUCUUCUCACGCUAUCUUCCGUAAACGCGAAAACCGAAUCAAAAAUGGUAGCUGACUCAGAUUUUCUCUCUAUCUCGGAAACCGUCACCGCGACGGCGUCAUCGAAAAAAACACCGCGAGUCUAUGAGGCGCCAACAUCCUUCCGUAACGUAACGUCGUCAAUCACGACGCGGACGAGCGGAGAACCGGAUCGAAAGAGCGAUAAAACAAAUCGUAUCUCGAUGGAUCAGAAUUUAAUCAAGCACAUCGUCGUCCCAGCCUCUCGAGCACCAAACGACCCCAAGCUAUCCAUUAUGAGAAUAGAAGACGCGGAGUCGCGUUCGCAAACUUUCGAUAACCGAGCCGACGGUGGGACGCGAAAAAACGGUAAGAUGAGAAAAGUUGCCGCGUCAGGCGUCGGCGAAAUCUUCUCGUCGGGGCCUUCGAACGUGGGAAGGAAAACGAUCGAGAAGCACACGAGCAGCAUGAGUAAUGUGACGAAGGCAAACGCAGUGUUGGACGAGCGCGACUCGAAAACGAUAGCGGAAGAAUUGAACAGUCGAGUGACCGAUUCCGGCGCUAGAGUAUCGGAAGCUUUAUCUGCUGGUGCCCAUCCCGGAAUGUUGGUGCUAGUCGGCGCGGCCCUCGGCGCCGUCGCGGCGCUGACCGUCGUACUCUCACGAAGAGCAACGGUGCACCGGACGGACAGGUAUCAUCGUCACGAGAAUAUCGAAGUGCACACUCUCACGCCUACUGCGGAGCUUUGGUGACCAGAGUCGGAACACGUCCGAUUGUUUGAGAGAGAUAGACGACUGGACGUCGAGAAUCGUGACCGAGAAGCAUCGACGCCGCCUCAACAGUCGACCAGUCCACGGUUGAUCGAUGUAUGUUUGAGGAAGAUUCUCAAAUAACCAGCAGUACUACGACACGCAUUCUGUUAUUGCAUCGACAUCUAAAUAUGGAUAUACCAAGGAGAGGUACAAUAACUAAAGUAUUAAUCAGAGAGUUGGGAAGAUCCUCCUGACUGUGGAAGCCACGGGGAAAGGACGAGCGACUAAACGUCGAAGUUGGAAACGAGAUAUUCCGAGUUAAUCCGUAUCGCUUCGGAAACCGCCAAUACGUCGCGGAUUACUAGGGGAGAAUAUCGGGGGAAAAAAUAAGAAAUUAUUAUUCGAACGUGACAUAAAACUUGUACUUGUCUGAAAAGAACAAAAGGGAGGCGGACAACUGUCGUGAAAUUAUCACGAUUAUCUGCACGUAAAUCUGCAAUACAAUAAUUAGGGACAUAUAUUGAUAUAAAUUCUAUCAGAUCUAAAGUUUACAGAUAUAAACAAGUGUUACUUAUAAAAUCAAUCUCUGUAAUCACGUAUCUGGCUUAUCGAGUUCUUUGAAAAUCGCGUGUGGCUCAAUAUGUAAAGUCAUCCAGAUGUCGAUAACGAUAUAGUAUCUCUACUCGAUGGAAAGAAUACUCGACGACACUGUUCAAACUCCAUCAACGGCGAAGAUGUAGACGUCAAGUACUGUAACCAAGACGUUAAAAGCACGAGCGAGAAUCACCACGUUAUCUCAUAUAAAUUCUGACAUAUACAAACACAUCUGGUGCUGUACAUGUCGUCCGUCGGGAAAUACUGGACGCGUACGAACGAAAAACUCGGGGGAAAAGACUGUAAAAAAAUUCGGAACUAUUUCGACAUACAUCGCGGUGGAUCAGCAUCACGUAAAACCUCAAUCCCCUUCGUAAUAAUUGUAGAAGGGAAAGUACGAACAAAAAUUAUAUACGGAGUUAUUUGCGUGAGAGAACUCAAAACCCAUGAGAUUGGGUUUGAUAUCUUCUAAUUUCGGUAUCGCACAUAUGCAAUCAUUGUAACGUGUCAUAAUCGAGUGGCAAUAACCACAAGCGAGCGGAUUUAACAAUUAAGCUGAUUGACUUGGAAUCAGACCGAUAAAAUGGAUACAGUGACAAUAAUAAUGGUUACACGCCGCGUCUCAAGAGUAUGGCUCUUUGCGGUACGCUCAAUUCCUGAGAAGACUAUAUUGUGACUGAAAUGAAGUGCGAGUGUAAUAAAAGUAGGAAGAGAGUAAAAGGCUAGCAAAAGAUAGAAAAACAUGGACGUGGUAGAAAAGCAGGUAGGGCAACGCCGAAAUGCAGAAUGUAGGAGAUGAAAAAUUCGCGGUGGCAAAUAGUAUGCUUGAAUGAUAAAACCAGACGGGAAGCCAGAAAGAGUGUUAGACGGAAGAAUUUUUAUCAAAUGGCAUGUGCGUGUGUGAGAGAUCGAGAGAAUCGAGCGUAAGAGAAAAAGAGAGAAGGGAGAUUAAUUCGAGAAAUCGUUCUCGAAUGCAGCAAAACGGGAUGUACAGAAAUAUUGCUUCCGUACUUAAUUCCACUAAGCUUGAUGAGAUGUCAAGACUUCUCAACAAAUACAAAAAUAAAAGAAAAGAUGUUUACGAGAGAGAGAAAGAGAGAGAGAGAGAGUGUGUAUG